AUGAAACAGUUGCAGAACUAAGGACUAUGAAAGCUGAGUAUAUGUAUAACAAUAACAUCCUAUCCAUUAGAAAUGCCGACUCAAUCCCAUUCCACCACCACCAACAAACUCUACUUCUACUAUGGCCAUCGCAAACCUUCUCAGAAUCGACCUACUGUACAAGGUGGUCACUUCUCCAAUCGGAAAACCAUAAAAAACCAUAAUCAAAAUCCAUACAGAGUUAUAAAAUCAGAACAGCCUCCUUUCAAUCUGGAAAAAUGGGAUUCAGAUUCACAGCAAACAAUUAUCUCACAUACCAAAACCCCAUCAGAGAAAUUUUUCUCCAUUGCCAAAACUCUAUCACCAAUCGCUAGAUACAUUUGCGAUUCCUUCAGGAAACACAAUCAUUGGGAUGAAAAUGUGAUUACUGAUCUCAACAAACUCCGCAGGGUAACACCAAAUUUAGUUGCUGAGGUUCUUAAAGUCCAAAGUGAUCCAAAACUGUCUUCCAAAUUCUUCCAUUGGGCAGGUAAACAAAAGGGUUACCGGCAUAAUUAUGCUUCGUAUAAUGCUUUUGCUUAUUGUUUGAAUCGUAAUAAUCAGUUUAGGGCAGCUGAUCAGGUGCCUGAACUCAUGAGUAAUCAAGGUAAAUUACCUACUGAGAAACAAUUUGAAAUUUUGAUAAGGAUGCACUCUGAUGCUGGUAGGGGACUUAGAGUUUACUUUGUUUAUGAAAAAAUGAAAAAAUUCGGGGUUAAACCUAGGGUUUUCCUGUAUAAUAGGAUAAUGGAGGCUUUAGUAAAAACGGGUCAUUUGGAUUUGGCAAUUUCAGUUUAUGAGGACUUUAGAGAGGAUGGUUUGGUAGAAGAGAGUGUUACUUACAUGAUUUUGAUCAAAGGGUUGUGUAAGGCAGGUAGAAUUGAUGAGGGUUUUGAACUUCUGAAACGAAUGAGGGAAACAUUGUUUAAGCCUGAUAUUUUUGCUUAUACUGCAAUGAUUCGUGUUCUGAUUUCUGAAGGUAAUUUUGAUGGCUGUUUGAGAAUAUGGGCUGAAAUGCAGAGGGAUGGUGUUGAACCAGAUGUUAUGGCUUAUACGACUCUGGUUACUGGAUUGUGCAAGGGUAACAAAGUUGACAAGGCUUAUGGACUCUUUAAAGAGAUGAAAGAGAAAAAAAUCUUAAUAGACAGGGCAAUGUAUGGGGCAUUGGUCGAUGCAUUUGUAGCUAAUGGAAAGAUCGGUUCAGCGUGUGAUCUGUUGAAGGAUCUUAUGGCAUCUGGCUACCGGGCUGAUUUGUCUAUAUAUACUUCUCUCGUAGAAGGUCUGUGUAGUGUGAACUGUGUAGAUAAGGCUUAUAAACUCUUUGAAAUUACAAUCCAGGAUGGCCUCAAUCCAAACUUUACAACUAUAAUGCCUAUAAUGAUAUCAUAUGCAGAGGAGAACAGAAUGAACGACCUCCAUAAAUUGCUCGUGCAGAUGCAGAAAUUAGGGUGUCAGGUCACUGCAGAUCUCCCCAAGUUUUUUUCGUUAUUUAUUGAAAAGGGGACAAGAGAAAAUAGAGCUUUAGAAGUGUUUGAUUACUUGAAACAGAAAGGGUACUUCAGUGUUUCAAUUUACAAUAUCCUAAUUGGUGCACUAGAAAAUAUUGGUCAGGUUAAAAGAGCAAUAUCUCUAUAUGAGGAAAUGAAGGAUUGUGACUCCGAUUUAAAACCUGACCCUUCUACAUACAGCAAUAUAAUUCCUUGUUUUGUGGAUCUUGGGGAUAUGAAGGAGGCAUGUUCAUGUUAUACUAAGAUCAAGGAGAUGUCAUCAGUUCCUACUGUUUUUGCCUAUUCUUCACUGGUGCAAGGUCUAUGUAAGAUUGGAGAGAUAGAUGCAGCUUUUACACUAGUACGGAACUGCUUGGGAAAUGUUACCAAUGGACCCAUGGUGUUCAAGUAUUCUCUUACGAUUAUUCAUGCUUGUAAAUCAUGCACAGCUGAGAAGGUUAUUGACGUGCUUAAUGAGAUGAUGCAGCAGGGUUUCCCACCUGAUGAUGUUAUCUAUUCUGCUAUUAUCUACGGUAUGUGCAAUUACGGGACUAUAGAGGAAGCAAGGAAGGUGUUCUCAGGUCUUAGAGUUCGUAAGCUUCUUUCUGAAGCAAAUUUGAUUGUGUACGAUGAGUUACUUAUCAAUCAUACACAAAAGAAGAUGGCAGGAUUGGUGCAGGCCAGCUUGAAGUUUUUUGGUUUGGAAUCAAAAGUGAAAUUGAAGAGUAGCACAGUUAUAACAAGUUAAACAGAAGCCUUUAGUGUCUGCUGAGGAGAAUAACUUCUAACUCCUUGUGGUAAAAUUGGAGCUAGGAAAACGAAGAGAGUGUUCUCCAGUGAGCCAGAUGAGAAGAACCUAGACUAAAAAUGCUGAGUUCAAUGAGACUGGUUAGUUUGGAUCUACACGUUUUCAUUGUGGAAAGUUGCAGCCACUCAGUCAUUUUUGAAGUUGUACGACUCAUGGUGCCGAUUGAAGCUUGUACAUGGUAUUCCAGGGGUUUAAGAUUAAUCUCCCAAACUCUGGGAUGUGUCCUAAGAUUCAAAUAAAAUUGGUGCCUUAGACCAUCUCCAAUGAGGGAACGGGGAAUUCCCUUAAAAUCCGAGCUGGUAGCGAAUAUAAUCGACGUGGAAAACAUUAGGGGGACGCCAUGUCCAAAGGUGUGCAAAGUAAACUGAAUACCGAUCGAUGAACUGUUCACCGACAACUAAAUUGUAUCCCGAUUGCUGGACUGAAUAGCGAUCGAUGAAUUGAACAACGAGGAUUUGAUUAUUCCCUAAAAUAUUCGUAGCAGUUAGUGCUCUGGUUAGUUACUUUGUGCCACAGUUUUUUUACUUUGUAGCAGUUACUUUGUGUCAGUGUCUCUGUAACGUUUUGUAACGACGUGAAGAUGCUUUGGUCUGAUCCAUGGUUUGGGAAACUUGCUAUAUCUGCCACUAACUUUGCGUGUUUGGUCUCAUUCACGGUUUGGGAAGGAUGCUGUUGUUGUGUUUUCAAA